AUGCGGUUAUUCUCGUGGCUAGAAACUUGCUCCUCCGCCAUCUGCGCCACCGCCACACACAACUCAACCGUCGAACUCCUGCCGUCACAAAAACAACAACAUGCAUUUGACUCAAGUACUUCAUUUUCUUCAGCGUUAACCUCUGAUGAUAGCACUUCCAGUACUCUUCGUAGCAACUACUCCAUACAAACACUCCCUUCCGUUCCUUCUCUCCAGAAACUCUCUCCUCAAAGCCUCAACAACUUCUCCAUCUCCUACCACUGUCUCACCUCCCUCACACCUCACCCUUCUCGCCCCGUCACCUCCCUCGCUCUCCAAAACAACCUCCUCUACGCCGCAACCGAGAACCAAAUCAACGUCUACGAUCGUCACACGUGUACUAAUCUCCAUACCUUCAACUCCGAAGCAACUUCAUCCGGCUCCACCAAAACCAUCAUCUUCUCCAAAGACAUGGUUUUCACCACUCACCAAGACUGCAAGAUCCGCGUCUGGAAAAACAAUGAACACCGCAAGUUAACAACUCUCCCUACCGUCAACGACCGUCUCCGCCGUUUCCUCCUCCCGAAAAACUACGUCACCGUCCGUCGCCACAAUAAACGUCUCUGGAUUGAACACGCUGACGCCGUCACUGACCUCGCCGUUUCUAACGGCGUUAUCUACUCCGUUUCGUGGGAUAAAACGCUUAAAAUAUGGAGAGUCUCUGAUCUUCGUUGCGUUGAAUCUGUCAAAGCUCACGAAGACGCGGUCAACGCGGUUGCAGUUUCUAACGAUGGAACCGUCUACACUGGAUCAUCCGAUAGAAGAAUACGCGUUUGGGCGAAACCAGUUGGAGAAAAAAAACACGUUCUAGUUGCGACUCUGGAGAAGCAUAAAUCAGCGGUUAAUGCUUUGGCGCUAAACGACGACGGUUCGGUGUUGUUUUCGGGUGCAUGCGACCGUUCGAUAUUGGUGUGGGAGAGAGAGGAUAGUGCGAAUCAUAUGGUUGUGAGUGGGGCUCUGAGGGGGCAUCAGAACGCGAUACUAUGUUUGAUCAACGUCUCUGAUUUGUUACUUAGUGGGUCCGCUGAUCGGACGGUCAGGAUCUGGAAACGGGCUUAUGAUGGAUCGUUUUGCUGUGUUGGUGUUCUUGAUGGUCACCAGAAACCCGUGAAGUCGUUGGCUGCAAUUCCGGAGUAUGGUGGUGAUGAAAGUUCAACUAACGGCGUCGUUUCUGUUUUUAGUGGUUCGUUAGAUGGUGAGAUAAAGGUUUGGCAACUUUCUAUUGGGUCUCUGGCUGAUCAGGAUCAGGAUUUUAUGAUUUCUUAG